GUAACGGACGGAGUAGUUUUAAAGAUUCAUUCCAUUCUUUUACCAACUGAGAGCUGCUCUAUUUCUAUCAGAACUCACUCUACCUAGGUUAACUUUGGUUUGAAAACAAAGAAUCGCAAAUUGCUAACCAACUACAUUAUUGCAUCACGUAUCACACACAUUUCUAUCUAUCUUACUCUCUACUACAUUACUACAGUACUACAUUACUACUCACUCACGCGUAUCCGCAUAAUCACGAGAUCUCAUUGGAAUCGAUCUAAUCAAGUUGGUGGGUAUGUACAUUAACAACAUUUCCUUGGAUUUUUAAUCAUUUUGAGGGAAAGGAUAAAUGAACAAACAACCUUUUUCCAUUCCUUCCUGUCAUCAACCACAUCAUACAUCCUACACCAUACAUCCUACACCUUACAUACAUCCUACACCAUACAUCCUACACCAUACAUCCUACAUCAUACCAACUCAACCCAACCGACCUGUCAAUCAGUCAAUCAGUCAGUCAGUUUCAGUCCCAUCAUAUUGGCAAAACCAACACACAAGACACACAAGACCCAACACACAACCUUUCUUCAGCUCCUUUGAGGACAUUCUAUAAUACGACCUUAUCUAUUUGAUUUUUUCGCAACCCAAUCACUGACGAAAUACUUUCAGAUUCUAGUGCAUGACCCAUUUUCAACCGAGAGUCAAUAACUUGACAGUGGCCAUUUUUGAUAAUUGCCAUCUUUAUUAGAAGAGGAUAGUUCAUUGUUGUUUGUUGGAGUUGGACGUAACUUCAUUUGAUCACUUUACGACCUCCGACUUCUCUAUUCACAAUCGAAGUCCUUUCCUCCCCAACUGAAGUUAUCCAACAUAAAGAUAUAUUCGAAGAACAGCAAACAUGGUGGCAGAAACAAAACUUUACGAUGCUUUAGGCAUUAAGCCUUCUGCCAAUCAACAAGAAAUUAAAAAGGCAUAUCGGUGUGUGCAUCUAGUUCCCUCCUCCAUCACCAUCAAUCUACUCAGCUUCCCCCAACUGACCUGUACCAAUAACUAACAUUUGAAUAGUGUAAUGGCAAUGAAACAUCACCCCGACAAAAAUAAGGAUAAACCCGACUCGGCAGAAAAAUUUAAAGAAGUUUCUCAAGCCUACGAAAUCCUAUCAGAUCCCGAAAAACGCAAAACUUACGAUGAAUAUGGCCUAGAAUUUAUGUUACGAGGUGGUCCCCCACCACCAGAUCCAAGUGCAAGUACCAGUAACCCAUUUGCGGCAGGAGGCAUGCCAGGAGGCUAUGGAGGAUAUAGUUCAUCGGGCGGCAUGCCAAGGAGUAAAACCUUCCACUAUGAUUUCAGCAGCGCGGGCGGACCAGGUGGUGGAGGCUUUAGUUUCAGUAAUCCGGAAUCGAUCUUUAGUGAAUUUUUGAGAGGUCAGGGAGCUGGAGGUGGUGGAGAGGGAAUGGAGGAUUUCUUUUCUACUAUGGGUGGAGGUGGUAUUCCUCGAGCUAGUCCUGGGGGAGCUGGAAAUGGUCGUUCGAGAACUGCACAAUCACAAUUCCGGGGCGCGGAACCGGCGAGACAGAGAGCGGAAACACCCGAGGUUACGACGGUGGAGAAACCUUUAGCGUUGAGUUUGGAGGAAUUGUUCAAGGGUUGUCAUAAGAAGAUGAAGAUUAAGCGGAAGACGUUUGAUCCCGAAACGGGCAAGAGACAAACCACGGAUCGAAUUUUGGAGAUGGAUAUAAAGCCGGGUUUGAAGAAGGGAAGUAAGAUUAAGUUUAAGGGCGUAGGUGAUCAGGAGGAGGGUGGUCAGCAGGAUUUACAUUUCGUCAUUGAAGAGGUAUGUCCCCUUCCCCGCCAGUCGCUUUUACCCUUACCUCAUCUAACAACAUACUAACAUACCCCGUCAGAAAAAACACCCCUAUCUAACACGCGAUGGAGAUGAUUUAAUCAUGACGGUCGAUCUCGAUCUCAAAGAAGCACUCACAGGUUGGACUCGUACCGUCACAACCAUCGAUGGUAAAAACAUCUCGCUCGAUAAAGGAGGACCCACUCAACCUGGUUCCUCGGAUUCAUAUCCAGAUUUGGGUAUGCCGCUGAGUAAACAACCCGAUAAGAGGGGAAACUUUAUCAUCAAGUAUAAUGUGAAGUUUCCCACUAGUUUAACGGUGGAGCAGAAGAGAGCUUUGAGGGAGAUUUUGUAGAGGGGGAGAAAGAGGGGGGAUGCAUGCAUCCACAGGGACUUUUUAUUAUUAAAGUUUUGCGUUGUGGAGUUGGGGUUUGCUAGGAUUCUUUUAUUUUUAACUUGAGCUGGAUUGGAGCGGGAGCGGGAGUGUGAUAUCAAGAUACAUACGUGCAUGAUUUGGAAUGAUGGAGUAGUAAUACUUCCUAGGAUUGAAGGAAAGAUGGAGAGAUGAAGAUCAGGGGAGGGAGAAAGAAAGAAAGAUAAUUCUUUUACUCUAGUAAAAAGCUGAAUGGACGGUUGUUUGAAUGGAUGAAAUGGAUGGAUGAACGGAUUGAGAAUUGGAAAAUAAGAAAUGGAAAUAGGCAUAAGGAUGAGGAUGAGGAUGAGGAUGUGGAUGGGGAUGAAAUAAUGAUUCAUAUGAAAUACAACAUACUAUUUGGUAAUAUAUAGAUUUACACCGUAC